AUGGGUGAGAAAGAGGAGAAAGAGAAGGUGAGAGCUGAGAUCCCAGGGAAAAGAUCUGAGCUUUGUUUCACUGAACGCAAGCAGCAGUUUCUGACAGAGGCAAAGCGAGAAAAGGAGAAAUCUCAAUGGAAGGUCAAGCAAUGCCAGUGGAAACUUGGGAACUUCUACCACAUUUCAUCUUUUGCAGUGGAGCAGCUAUAUGAACAAGCUUGUCACCAGCAAGGCCUGUCACUCUGGCCGCCUCUUCAAGCUGUAUAUAGUCUUUACAAAGAAAGUGUAACUGCCCAUCAGAAGUGUUGUGAGUUAGGAGUUCAGUUUGGAUACCAUCAACGAAAUAAAGAACUGUUGGCCUGGGUGAGUCAGUGCCAAGAAACGAUUCGGAGAGAGGAUUUAAUAAGUGUUUUAUGUGGAAAAUUACCACCUGCAGGGAACUCAAAUACUGCUCCACAUAUGAUUGUUGGCUCUUCUGUACCAGGAACUCUCAGUGGUUCAAGUGCUGUACUGCCAGAUAGUGUCAACCCAAGUACCUCAGGAUCAGGCAGCACAUCCAAUACUAGCCAUUGGACAAAUAUGAAAAAUGGACGCUAUGGUGGAACUUUAAAGACUUCACCAUCAGAAGAAAAGGUUCCCCAUGUGGGCAAUGGUAAAGCUAGAAAACGCACCUUAGAACAGUCCAGCUAUCCGAUUCCAACUGGAAAACGCACGCGAUCUGCCAAUUACAAAGGAUCUAAAUGCCAUGCUACUUAA